CCGGUCUACCGGGCCAUGAUGGAAGCUCGGGUACCCCUGCCUGCCCACUGCCGGGCCCCACCAGCCGCCGGCCCGCACACAGACCUGGACCUCCCAGGCCGAGGCCUCACCAACCCCGCACCUUCCUGCUACCUUCUAGGCAGCGAACCCGGCUCUGGCCUGGGCCCCCCACCUGAGGCCCACCUCUCCGAGGGCGGCCUGAAGCGCUGCUGCCUCCUGGGCCUGCCUGCCACCUCCUCGGCCUCCUCCUCACCCUGUGCCUCCUCCGACAUCACCUCCAUCAUCCGCUCCUCCCAGACUGCUCUGGUCACCUGCAUAAAUGGACUCCGGAGCCCCCCUCUGCCGGGAGACCUGGGGGGCCCUUCCAAGCGCACCCAGCCAGGCCCUGCAACCACUGAGAGUCAUGAGGCCAGUUUGCAACUUGAAUCCUGCCAGAAGUCCGGUUUCCUGAAGCAGGAGCCUGCGGAUGAGUUCUCAGAGCUCUUUGGGCCUCACCAGCCCGGCCUGCCGCCCCCUUACCCCUUGCCCCAGUUGCCAUCAGGCCCUGGCCUUGGAGGCCUGGGGCUGGGCCUGGCAGGGAGGGUGGCUGGGCGGCAGGCAUGCAGGUGGGUGGACUGCUGUGCAGCUUACGAGCAACAGGAGGAGCUGGUGCGGCACAUCGAGAAGAGCCACAUCGACCAGCGUAAGGGUGAGGACUUCACCUGCUUCUGGGCAGGCUGUGUGCGCCGCUACAAGCCCUUCAACGCCCGCUACAAACUGCUCAUCCACAUGAGGGUGCACUCCGGUGAGAAGCCCAACAAGUGCAUGUUUGAAGGCUGCAGCAAGGCCUUCUCACGGCUGGAGAACCUAAAGAUCCACCUGCGGAGCCACACAGGCGAGAAGCCAUACCUAUGCCAGCACCCAGGCUGUCAGAAGGCCUUCAGCAACUCCAGUGACCGCGCCAAGCACCAGCGCACCCACCUCGAUACGAAGCCAUACGCCUGUCAAAUUCCUGGCUGCUCCAAGCGCUACACGGACCCCAGCUCCCUCCGCAAGCACGUGAAGGCCCAUUCCGCCAAAGAGCAGCAGGUGCGUAAGAAGAUGCACGCGGGCCCUGAUACUGAGGCCGACAUCCUGACAGAGUGUCUGGCCCUGCAGCAGCUUCAUGCGUCUACACAGCUGGCUGCCAGCGACGGGAAGGGCAGCCGAGCCUUGGGCCAGGAGCUGCUCCCAGGCGUGUAUCCUGGCUCCAUCACCCCCCAUAAUGGACUUGCACCAGGCAUUCUGCCCUCCACGCACGAUGUCCCUUCCAGGCACCACCCACUGGAUGCCACCAUCAGUUCCCACCAUCUGUCUCCUCUGCCCAUGGCUGAGAGCACCAGGGAUGGGUUGGGACCCGGCCUCCUCUCACCCAUGGUCAGCCCACUGAAGGGGCUUGGGCCACCACCACUACUACCAUCCUCCCAGAGCCAUUCUCCGGGGGGCCAGGCCUUCCCCAUGCUCCCCAGCAAGCCACCCUUCCCGCCCUUCCAGAGCCCUCCACCCCCUCUGCCCAGCCCACAAGGGUACCAGGGCAGUUUCCACUCCAUCCAGAAUUGCUUCCCCUAUGGCGACUGUUACCGGAUAGCCGAGCCAGCAACCAGUGGGGACGGACUGGCUGGAGAGGCCCACAGUUUCAACCCCCUGCGGCCCAAUGGCUACCACAGCCUCAGUGCACCUUUGCCUGCCACAGGCUACGAGGCUCUGGCCGAGGCCUCCUGCCCCACAGCACUGCCACCACAGCCAUCUGAAGACAUCGUGUCCAGUGGCCCUGAGGACUGCAGCUUCUUCCCCAGUGGGGCCUUUGACCACUGCCUGAGUCACAUCCCCUCCAUCUACACGGACACCUAAAGGAAGGCCCUGCCCACACCAGUCCACCCUCUCCCACUUUGCCCACCCAGUGUGUUCCCACCCUCCUUGCACCCAGACUGAGCAGCCAGAUCGGAGCUCUCCACACAUGCAGGGUCUGGGUCUGCGGCCGCCCAGCACUGGCUGGGAGCAGUCGUCUGAGCCCCAGCUGGGCCCUCAGAGGUGCCAGCAGGAUCCACAGCCUGUGCCAGUCCCUUGACUGUGUCUUCCUUUUCCCUCCCCAAUUGUUUUAAAAUCACAGACCUCGUGUAUAGUGUAUAUAAAGUGUACAGAACUUGUUUUCCAUUCCCCUGCCAGUUUUAUAUUUUUGGUUUUACAAGAAAAACAUUAAAAACUGGAAAUGAGA